AAGAUAACAUUCUAGGACCUCUAUAAAGUAAUGAACUUAUUAUAUCUUAUCAGAUUAUCUCUUGCUGACAAGUUGGGAAUGUUUUGUCUAUAAAUUAACAUAUACUUACUGAUAAUAACAUUGUCAUUGAAACCAAUGCAUAUAUAAAAGGAGCGUGUGCUAAAAACGUAUUAAUAUAAGAAAUUGGUUUGACGAACAACAUUAAUCGAUGUAAAAAGUAACGAGUUAGUGAAAAAGGGAUUUUAUACAGAAUAUUUUCAGGAUAUUCGCCAAAAUGAAACCACAAAAGUUUUCAAUAAAUGACAUUUUGACGCGUGACCCGCCACCAAAAAAGACAGUGGUUUUAAAAGAGGAUAAGAACACCGCAGUAUUUGAUGUAAAAGAUGGUAAUCAAGGUGUACCGGAUUUACCAACUCCGCCAAUAUCUCCAGAACCGAUCUUGGAGUCGAAACGAAAAUCUCAGAUUAACGACACACCGAAAAGGACCAAUGUGGGUAUGACAUCUGCGAAACGGAAACGGGACCCAAUCGGACAGAUUUUAGACAGUCUGUGCGACAACUCUGACAAAAAGGACCAACAAACAUCAAGCGCUUUCUCUCCAAUCGUUUCAAGUUCAUGUUCUUCCCAGUUGUCUCCCCUUGGAAUGUUGGCGCACUGCGACAGACGGUGUUAUCAGACGUCACCUAGUGGGACAACAUGCUCACCACCACAAGGUAUGCCGUCUAUACCAGGCGGUGUCAUGUCACAGGUCCAAGUUUCUGUUGAACAGCUUCAAUACCUUCAUGCACAGAGAUUAGCUCAUCAGCAACAUUUGCAACAACAGCAGCGUUUAGCAGCAAUGCAAGCAACAACUGCACCAUUUUUGGCCCAACAGCAAAACCAGUAUCACUUACAAAUGCUCAGGGAACACCAGGCAAAAUUAAUGUCAUAUGAAUUAAAUGCGAGUAUGAAUGCACCACAUAAUCCUCUUGCUCAGAAUCCCGCCGCGUGGAUGGCCUGGUUGAAGUCGUCUGCUAAUCCAAUGACGUCACUUCCUCUGAAAGAAUCGCGAAUUCCUCCGCCGCCACGUUAUCAAUGUGAUGCCUGUAAGAAAAGUUAUUCAACUUUUGGAGGCCUUUCAAAACACAAACAAUUUCACUGUGUAAGUCACGUGAAAAAAGAAUUCAACUGCAAAUACUGCGAAAAAUCGUACGGUUCUCUCGGCGCUCUGAAAAUGCAUAUUCGAACCCACACGCUUCCCUGUAAAUGCAAAUUGUGUGGGAAGGCUUUUUCACGACCAUGGUUACUACAAGGACACGUAAGGACGCAUACUGGUGAAAAACCGUUCAAAUGUAUACAUUGUGGACGAGCUUUUGCUGAUAGAUCAAACCUGCGCGCGCAUCUGCAGACGCAUUCAGAUAUUAAAAAGUACGGCUGCAAAAACUGCACAAAGACCUUCUCGAGGAUGUCGUUAUUACUCAAACACGAAGAAGGGAGUUGUCUAGGUUUAAGACGAUGAUAAACGCACAUGUUAAAAGCGUUAAAGCCAGAGUUGUGACGUAGUAUACGUUUAUACGUACGUCAGCACAUUUUGUGUAGAAUGGAACAAUAGAAAGGGGACUUGCGCUAAAUAUUAUCUUACAUUGAAAAUAAGUUAUUCUUUUACAAUUUGUUGAUUAUUUACUCAUAUAAUGAAGUGAAAAAAGUUUAUGAGGAGACUUGUUUAUUUUACCAUCUUACUUUAAGAUAUGUGCUAAUUUAUUUAUUUCAGUUCUUGAUUUUUCUAACAUUUUGCUAACAUUAUGUUGUACGUUCAAUAUGCAGAAGACUAAACAUACACCUUAUUCUUAAGAUGUACUAAAAACUUAUUUUUGUUCAUUAACUAACUUGUUUAACAUUUCUAAGGGUCCAAUUGAUUUCACAAUUUCAAAUCUCAUCUGUUGAUUUAAUUUGAAUUUUGAUCAUUAUAAUAUAUGUUUUAUGAUACUGUAUUGAAAUAUUUAUGCAAAAACAACAAAUGUCUGUAUUUAUUUAUGUUUUAUUUUUAUUAUUUAUGCACCUGACGUGCCAAACUAUUGUGAGGAGCUAUACGUAAUAAAAUGAAUAAAUAUAAUUUAUA